AUGAAUGCCCUUUUACUAGUCAUAUUAUGUGUUGUACUAAAGAAUGAAUAUACAUAUGAAAAUGAAGCUGAAUUAAGGACCAAUGCAUCAAGGCAGUUGUCUGAAAUGAGGGGUUAUCCAAAUGAAUCUAGGAAUAGGAAACCCACAAGAAAUGAAAGAUAUGAUUUUCCAGACGAACAAUUUAACAGAAUGCAUGAGGGUGGAAUGCCACCUCGUGGCAGGGAACCCAGAGGUCAAAUGUCACCUCAUGAGGAAUGGGAUGUAGAGAGAGGCUCACAAAGCGGAAGAAAUAGAGAAAUGGAUAUGGGUAUGCAGAGGGAUAUGGAACACGAUAGGAGGAGAGGUAGAAACAGAGAUGAUGCAGAUGAGGAAAUGGAUAUGGAAAGAGGAGAUAGAAGAAGGAGAAAUAGAAACAGAGAUGAAGGAGAUGAGGAAAUGGAUAUGGAAAGAGGAGAUAGAAGAAGAAAUAGAAACAGAGAUGAAGGAGAUGAGGAAAUGGACAUGGAAAGAGGAGAUAGAAGAAGAAAUAGAAACAGAGGAGGAAUGGACGAGGAAAUGGAAAGAGAUAAUAGAAGGAGAAGAGGUAAAGGUAGAGACAUGGAUAGAGAAGACAGUGGUGACAUGGACGAAGAAGGAAGAGAAAUGUUCCGAGGAAGAGGCAGGGAUGAAAUGUUCCGAGGAAGAGACAGAGACGAAAUGGGCAGAAGAAGAGAUAGAGACGAAAUGGGCAGAAGAAGAGAUAGAGAUGAAAGGGGCAGAGGAAGAGAAAGGGGAAGAGAAGAAAUGAACGAAGAAAAUGAAGAAGAUCCAGAAAUGCGCAGAGAAUUGGGCCGAGAAGUAGGUAGAAUAAUGAGUAGAGGAAGUAUAGAUAGAGAAAUGGAAAGAAAAAGAAGAGGAAAAGGUAGAGAUAUGGACGAAGAAGAAGACAGAGAUAGAAGAAGAGGAAAAGGCAGAGAUAUGGACGAAGAAGAAGACAGAGAUAGAAGAAGAGGAAAAGGUAAAGAUAUGAACGAAGAAGAAGACAAAGAUAAAAAAAAAGGAAAAGGCAAAGAUAUGGAUAUGGAAAAUGACAUGAAUAAAAAACCAAAUGAAAACAAAGAUAUGCCAGCAAAUACUGAUGGAAAAGGUUUGGAUUUAUCUAACAUUGCAGAUAUUAAAUUCCAUGUUACCGAAGCCGAAAUUGCUCAAAUGAUUGAUAAGUUAAAAGAUUACGUAAAGUUCGAUGAGAUGUUUUUACUAUUUAACUUUGUGAACAAUAAUGAAAAAAUUAAAUAUGUUAAAAUGCAAUUAGGAGUUGUUAAACUAUGUGAAACUUUAGCCCAAACUUACAAAAUCCCACACUACUAUAAAACUAGACAAUGGUCCAAAUCAUACCAAGGAAUGUCAGAUCAAUUAUUGCAUAACGAAAGAAAGGCCUACAACAAAUUAUGCACAUUCCUUCAAAAUGGAAACAGCUCCCAUAUAGCUUUUAUUGAAUUCUUAAAUGAAUUAAUCGGAAUAUGGACUAGUUUUACCAAAGAAAUGGAAAAAUACUGGAAAGAAUAUUUAACCAACAAAUUCAAGUUGUACUGGGAAACUACUAAUGUAGAAAUGUAA